GCUUGGCUUUACCAGACGAGAGACAAAUAACCACCCCCCAGCUCAGCGCGUCGAUCCCAACGCAUCCACCUUUCCUUCUUUCUCUUCCACCACUUCCACCCCACAGCAGCAACAACAACAACACUCGCAAUUCCACCAACAACCCAAUUCAUCUCAGCUUCAUUACUCAAAACCGCCCAAACAAUUACCACAAUGUCCGACAUCAAGCCUACCGAUACCGCCGUCACCGAGCAGCAAGUCCCCAACAAGGGCAAGGGCAAGGCUGUUGCUGAGCCCGUCGAGACUGAGGACGAGUCUUCCGACGAGGAGAUGGGUGCCAGUGACGAGGUCAUGGAUCUUGAAGACGUCGAGGAGGACGACCUUGCCGAGAUCGACACGUCCAACAUCAUCCAGGGUGGCCGCACCCGCGGAGCCAAGAUCGACUUCAAGGCUGUACAGGAGAACGAGAUGAUCGACGACGAUGAGGAUGAGGAUGACGACGACUUCCAGGCUCCCAAGGAGAACCACGGCGACGACGAUGUCAUGAUGGAUACCAAGUAAAGGAUCACAAAAUACCUUAGCUUUCCUCCACCUACCUACCUUCUGUAACCUCACCUAGGAGGUAAAUUCAUCAUCUCAACGGCGUUUUUUUCGUACUACUUUCCUUACAUCUUCGUGUGAGUGUGUGAGUUCGAGAGAGAGAGAGAAGAGGGGUGGGGGUUUGGCGGGAGUUUCUUUGUGUUCUGGGACUCUUCUUCGUGUAGCACGUUCAUUAGGCCUGUUAACGGAAGGGAUAAACAUCAAUCGAAAGCUGCACUCACGCUUCGACUUGUCUUGCUUGCCUGGCUUCUUUGCUUGUGAUGUAGCUCUCAUUUUUUGAUGGAUUUUUACCUUGUGUUUCCUUCGAGCUCACGUAGACAUCAUUCAGAUGUGUCGUGUAUGUACAUAGCUUUAAUAUGGAUGCGCGGCGGCAAGCAAGUAAGCAAAUAGCAGU